UGGAGGAGAGGAAUCACUUCCCCCUUGGCCGAGGAGACACCGGAGAGAGGUCGGAUUUAAACCCGCCCUCCGGAGGGAUCUCGUUUCCCCCAAAAAAACCUCCCAUUUUUCUCCCUCUCUCUCUUUCUCUCUCUCUUUUCUCUCUCUGUCUCUGUCUCUCUCUCUCUGUCCCUCUCUCUCGUCCCUCUCUCUUCCCUUUACCUUUAUCCCUCGCCUUUCGCCGUCUCCCCCACCACAAUCAUGGAUCUCACGGCGAGAUGUUUGUUUCUUCUCUCCUGUCUCGGCGUGAUAUUGGCGAUCGAUUUGGAAGCGAUUGAUCCAGGCUACUAUGUGGAGUCCGCUGCCACAUCAGAGACGAUCGACUACAAGGAUCCCUGUAAAGCUGCUGCCUUUCUGGGAGACAUUGCUCUGGACGAGGAGGACCUGCGAAUGUUUAAAGUGGAGAGAAUAAUAGAUUUGGCUCAGAGAACCGUCCACAUUGUAAACCGCACAGAUACAGGAUCAACCAGUCAGAGUAGCCGCAGUAGGCAAGGCUCACACCGCAGGAAAAGGGCUGCCACCUCCAGACCUGAGCGUGUUUGGCCUGAAGGUGUUAUUCCUUAUGUCAUCAGUGGCAAUUUUAGUGGCAGCCAGCGGGCGAUAUUCCGCCAAGCCAUGCGGCACUGGGAGAAGCACACCUGUGUGACCUUUAUUGAGAGGACGCAGGAGGAGAGCUAUAUUGUCUUCACCUACCGACCAUGUGGGUGCUGCUCCUACGUGGGUCGUCGCGGAGGGGGCCCCCAGGCCAUAUCCAUUGGGAAAAACUGUGACAAGUUUGGUAUUGUAGUCCAUGAGUUGGGUCAUGUGAUUGGGUUCUGGCACGAACACACAAGGCCUGAUCGAGAUGACCACGUCAGCAUUAUCAGAGACAACAUUCAACCAGGACAAGAGUAUAACUUCUUGAAGAUGGAGCCGGGGGAGGUGGACUCUUUGGGAGAAGUCUAUGACUUUGACAGUAUCAUGCACUAUGCCAGGAAUACAUUCUCAAGAGGCAUCUUCUUGGACACCAUCCUGCCACGCUAUGAUGUGAAUGGAGUGCGACCACCCAUUGGCCAGAGAACCAGACUGAGCAAAGGGGAUAUUGCACAAGCACGCAAACUCUACAAGUGCUCCCGAUGUGGGGACAGUCUGCAGGACAGCAGCGGGAACUUCUCCUCUCCUGGUUUCCCCAACGGAUACUCAGCCUACAUGCACUGCAUCUGGAGAAUAUCAGUCACACCAGGGGAAAAGAUCAUUCUGAACUUCACCUCCAUGGAUCUGUACAGGAGUCACUUGUGUUGGUAUGACCAUGUGGAGAUCAGAGAUGGAUACUGGAGGAAGGCGCCUCUCAAAGGUCGUUUCUGUGGUGAUAAGCUGCCCGAACCAAUCAUCUCCACCGACAGCCGGCUGUGGAUUGAGUUCCGCAGCAGCAGUAACUGGGUGGGAAAAGGUUUCUCUGCCGUUUAUGAGGCCAUCUGUGGUGGGGAGGUGAAGAAGGACAAUGGCCAGAUCCAGUCCCCCAACUACCCUGAUGACUACAGGCCCAACAAAGUGUGUGUGUGGAAGAUUACUGUAGCUCAGGGCUACCACGUAGGCCUUACCUUUCAGUCAUUUGAGAUUGAGAGACAUGACAGUUGUGCCUACGACUACCUGGAGGUGCGUGAUGGGAACUCUGAGAACAGCCCUCUACUCGGCCGUUUCUGUGGCUACGACAAGCCAGAUGACAUCAAAACCAGCUCCAACCAGCUGUGGAUGAAAUUCGUUUCAGAUGGCUCUGUCAACAAGGCCGGUUUUGCUGCCAACUUCUUCAAAGAGAUGGAUGAGUGCUCUAAGCCGGACAAUGGUCGCUGUGAGCAACGCUGUGUCAACACACUAGGCAGCUACAAGUGUGCCUGUGACCCAGGCUAUGAGCUGGCUGCCGACAAACGCAGCUGUGAGGCUGCCUGUGGAGGCUUCAUCACCAAGCUGAAUGGGUCAAUCACCAGUCCAGGUUGGCCCAGAGAGUACCCCCCAAACAAGAACUGCAUCUGGCAGCUGGUUGCCCCCACACAGUACCGCAUCACUCUGCUCUUUGACGUCUUCGAGACUGAGGGCAAUGACGUUUGUAAGUACGACUACGUGGAGGUGCGAAGUGGACUUUCAGCAGAUUCAAGGCUACAUGGGAAGUUCUGUGGGGCAGAGAAACCAGAAGCUAUUACCUCUCAGUACAACAACAUGCGCAUUGAGUUCAAGUCAGACAACACAGUGUCCAAAAAGGGCUUUAAGGCACAGUUCUUCUCAGACAAAGACGAGUGCUCUAAGGAGAAUGGUGGCUGUCAACAUGAGUGUGUCAACACCUUUGGAAGCUACAGCUGUCAGUGCAGGAGUGGCUUUGUGCUGCAUGAGAACAAACACGACUGUAAAGAAGCUGGCUGCGAUCACACUGUGAAUGGCGUGAACGGUAUCAUCACCAGCCCCAACUGGCCAGAUAAAUACCCCAGCAAGAAGGCAUGCACCUGGGCACUCACCACCACUCCGGGCCAUCGCAUCAAAGUCGCCUUUAAUGAGAUCGACAUGGAGGCUCAUCUGGAGUGUGCUUAUGACCAUAUUGAAAUCUACGAUGGGCGAGAUGGAAAAGCGCCAAGUCUGGGUCGUUUCUGUGGUACCAAGAAGCCCCCACCCAUCAUGUCUAGCGCCAAUAAACUGUUCAUUCGCUUUUUCUCUGAUAACUCCGUGCAGAAGAAAGGCUUUGAGGCUUCUCACACUGCAGAGUGUGGCGGUCGCCUGAAAGCUGAAGUCAAGACCAAGGAUCUGUUCUCCCAUGCACAAUUUGGGGACAAUAACUACCCCGGAGCCUCGGACUGUCAGUGGGUGAUCUCAGCAGAGAAGGGCUAUGGUGUGGAGCUCAUCUUCCAGACCUUUGAGAUUGAGGAGGAGGCGGACUGUGGCUAUGACUACAUGGAGCUCUUCGAUGGAGCUGAUACCAAGUCUCCACGGCUGGGACGUUACUGUGGCUCGGGGCCUCCAGAGGAGAUCUACUCAGCCGGUGACUCCAUUGUGAUCAAGUUCCGCUCUGACGAUACAAUCAACAAAAAAGGAUUUCACGUCCGCUACACCAGCACCAAGUUCCAGGACACACUGCACUCACGCAAGUGACCAGCGGGGGCCGGAAGGGGCCGUGCAGGGCAAAGGGGCAAACGGAGGGGCCCCCAUGGGAGGCGCAAGCCUGACGCUCGGAAACCUUCGGCCACCAAGAUGAAUCAGACACGACAGAACAGCCGCAAGACCACCAACCGCACCUCAGCUCCUAGGGGCUCUAGCUCCCCCCACAGACUAUGAGGAGUAAAGCCAUUCUGCAGUACACCUUGUUUUUACCUUUUUAUGGUUAGGAUUGGGGUGGGAGGGUGAAGGUCCGCUUUAGGCGGGCAGUAGGGGAAAAUUUAUUGACCCAGUCCCCUCCAGAUAUUCUUUUGUUUGUUUCUUUUUUUUAAAAAUGUGCCUCCUAAUGAGAGGCACAAAGGAAAACAGUGGAUUCUCAGGACCUGUAGGAAGGCAGGCAUCAGCUGGACAGAUCCCUGCUUUUGUCGGGCCAGCCCACCACAUCCAGGGGGAGGGGAGAAAGAGGAGGAGGAGUAUGGGAGGGUUCCCUGCACUCCUCAAUUAUUCUCUCCUCUCCUCACACCCUCAUCCUUUUUGUUCAAGGAUUCAUAUCCGUAAAAGGAUUAGAAGGACUUGACUUGAGAUUUUGAUACUGUAUGUCAGUCAAUUGCAUGUAAUUACAAGGAAAGAAGGAAAACUGUACAGUGACAACACCAGCAUUUGUAAUUGGCAUUGUCCUGGCAACCAGUGGCAAGAUUCACGUUGUUACCAUUAACAAGGAAAUUAAGGAAGCAGUUAUCUUAUUAAAGGACUAAUAAAUGAAAUGCGGUCCAUGUCUUCUGGUUGGUAAUUGCUUGCCUGAUGACUGGCUAUUACUGUACCUCCAUGUAUAAAGUAAUGUGUAUGAUCUUUCAAAGGGAACAUGUGCUUUUUCAGCUCGAACCAGUUAGCACUUUACAGUGAAUUGUUCCAAAAUCAUGAGCUUAUGAAUUUUUGUGAAAUGCAAUGCCAGUUCACUUAUUUUUAAAUGCAUUUUAUCUCUCUUAUUCUUUAUUGUUUUUUUUAAUUGCUCCAUUUAGUUCCUCAGGCAUACUUGAACAUUGUGUGUGCCCUGUAACAUGGGGUAAUAAAGAUAUGACUUAUGUUUCCGUGUUGAUUUACAGUUCUGAUGUAAAAUAAUUUCUCUCCAGAGAAAAUGCCUUUUCUUGGUACAAUGAAGUAUUUCUCAAGAACCAAAUGAGCCUGGGUAUUUAUUGUCAUAGUAGUUACAUAUAUAAUGUAAAGGUGGAAAGGUACUGUUGAACUUAGCCCUAUAAUUGCCUUCUAAUGUAUAGCCAUUGGUCUAUGUUGAAUAUACUACGUUGCUCACUCAUUCCUUUUCUCCAUUUAUUUCUCACUCAGCAGUAUGUUGUUGUAUGAACUUGCAGAAAUCUGCCACAUGUUUGAUGUCUCACCUCCUUCUCACAGUAUUCACUGGUAGAAAACUUGUUUUAGUGUCAGUUUAGUUAGGCAAGUCCUGGCAGUGCAUUGAGUGAGUUUAAUUCACAAAGCUUUACUCCUUAUAGAGUCCUUGUUGUUUACUGGUUCACUGUAGCCCAGUACAAAUAAGAAGAACAAUACAGGACAGAGGAAUUAAAACUGGUCUACGUUUGAAAUAAGUUUCAGAAGAAUUUUCGGACACCUAGCAAACUUUCCAAAAAACACGAAAACUUGAGAACUGCGACAAAAGCAAAUAUAUAUCUUAUCUGUGAUUCACUAUUUAUAGAUGAACUUGUCUUUUCAGUCAAAGAAAACAUUUCCAUUUCCACCUUGCUAAAUAUUAAUUCCCCUACAUGUAACCUUACUCUCCCUCAAUAAUGAUUCCAUUUCUGUUCUCUUUUACUUUUCCAUAAAGGACAUGAGGAGCAAAGCAGUGCACAGGAAAAACUGCCAGACUGGCACAAAGAUAAACUGAGGCCCUCACUCUACUUAACCCAAUAAGCACCGCAAAAUACACACACAUAGAGAACUGAACUGCAGUCUGGCUGGGGCACAGUUUGGAUAAACACAUAACAAGGAUCAAGACAUAUUUCAUAUUCAUGACUAAAUGAUAUUAAUUCAUAAAAGGUUCAGGUACAUUACCUUUUUAUAUGCAUUUAUUUUUGCAUUCAGUUACAGAGUUUCACCAAAAAAUGUGAUCAAUCAUGUAGGUAGAUUUAGAUCAUUAAGUAUAUUUUGGAUAUGUAUUAAUCCAGUGUGCCUGUGUUACAACUAUCUUCCUGGAUAAGAUUAAAAUCCUUGAACGUUUCUCAUUUUAUAAACUGUAAAGAUUGAACACUAAAACCCAUCCACCUAUGUGUGUGUGUGGGGUGAUAAACAAAAACGUUUAUACGCAAGUGCUUUAACAUAACAUACUGACCCUGCUGGAGUUCUAUUUCUUUACACACCAGCUGCACUUACUUUUUUAUUUUCAAGAGAAUGUCAUCUUAAGAAAAAGCAUCCCUGUAGCAUUACAUAAUAAAUGUAAAUGCACCACUGACAUUUCACAUUAUAAAAGUUUGUGCACUGACAAUGAAAAUGUACUGACAAUGGCAACACGUAAUAAAUUCAGUGCUCCUG